GCUGAGAGCCUGAGCCCGCGGACCGAGAGCCCCACGGACCGAGAACCCCGCGCUCCCCGAGUUUCUUCCCUGGUUGUGUGCGGAGGUGGACUUGCAGCCGGGCAUCAUGACCAACCCCGCGGCCACGCAGAACAAGGAAAUAGACUGCCUGAGCCCAGAAGCUCAGAGACUGGCGGAGGCCCGGCUGGCGGCGAAGCGGGCGGCCCGCGCCGAGGCCCGCGAGAUCAGGAUGAAGGAGCUGGAGCGGCAGCAGAAGGAGAUCUAUCAAGUUCAGAAGAAGUAUUAUGGGCUGGACACGAAAUGGGGCGACAUCGAGCAGUGGAUGGAGGACAGCGAGCGCCACUCCCGCAGGCCCAGGCGGAGCACGUCGGCCUCCGACGAAGACGAGCGCAUGUCCGUGGGCAGCCGUGGAAGCCUGAGGCCCGACGUGGAGUCCGGAGGCCCCUACGCCUGGACAAAUGGUUAUGAUGGAGAACUGUAUGGAUCACAGUCCCUGAGCAGAAGAUCUGGCAGGAAUUCCAGCUACAGCGGUGAUGGCAGAUCCUCCACUUUGUCAUUAUCCCGAGAGGAGAAGCUGAGCCACUUCACGUUAGAGUCAUUGUCUAAACGCCAGGCGUCUGAGUGGGAGGACAGCAGUCUCGGCGGCACUCGGCGGGGAGGUUCCUGCGCCUGGCAGGCCCCGUCGGAGCACAGCGGCCACCUCAGCUCCAGCUCCCGCGCCUCCUCGAGAGCCAGCUCGGCGCGGGGCAGCCCCGUGGUUGAAGAGAGACCAGAGAAGGAUUUCACUGAAAAGGGGUCCCGCAGCCUGCCCGGCCUGUCCGCAGCCACCCUGGCCUCGCUGGGCGGCACCUCUGCUCGGAGGGGAAGCGGGGACACCUCCGUCUCCGUCGACACCGAGGCGUCCAUCAGGGAAAUCAAGGAACUCAAUGAGCUCAAGGACCAGAUUCAGGAUGUGGAAGGCAAAUACAUGCAGGGGCUGAAAGAGAUGAAGGACUCACUAGCAGAAGUUGAAGAGAAGUAUAAGAAGGCUAUGGUGUCCAACGCCCAGCUCGACAACGAAAAGACGAACUACAUGUACCAGGUCGACACCCUAAAAGACACGCUGCUGGACCUCGAAGAGCAGCUGGCUGAGUCUAGGCGGCAAUGUGAGGAAAAGAGCAAAGAGUUCGAGCGGGAGAAGCACGCCCACAGCCUGCUGCGCUUCCAGCUGGCCGAGAUGAAGGCCGCCCUGCAGCACAGGGAGGAGAUGCUCCAGGAAAUCCGACAGCUGCAGCAGAAACAGGCGAGUUAUGUCAGGGAGAUUUCUGACCUUCAGGAAACGAUAGAGUGGAAAGACAAAAAGAUAGGGGCCUUAGAGAGGCAGAAAGAGUUCUUUGAUUCCGUCAGGAGUGAACGAGAUGAUCUUAGAGAAGAAGUAGGCACGCUGAAAGCGGAGUUAAAGAAACAUGGAAUAAUCCUCAAUGCAGAAGUAGCUACCAAUGGAGAGACUCCAGAUGCUCUGACUAACGUUGGACACCACGGUCCUACCCAGACAACAAAGGGAGAGCCCCCCGCCCUCCAGGCCACCAGGGACGGGACGCUCGGAAAAGCCACUGAAGUGGAGGUGGACAAUGAAAUUGUGGACAGUGUGGGGAACAGAGAGACCUUGCAGAGUACUGAGCGAGAGCCGCGCCGGGAGGACCCUGUAGAGGACGGUGCGGACACAGAGGUGUUCCCUCCUGGGGACAGUGCCAAGGACCAGAGGCCCUCUGACGACAGCGCCCCCUCCCUAGCAGCCGCAGCAAAUGCUGCACAUGAGGACCAGAUUCAAAGCCAAGUUCUAGGCAGCAUGUCCGCCCUUGAACACACAGAGCAGGUGGGGUCCAGCGAGGGCACAGGCACCGCAGAUGCUGGGGCCGGGGCUCCCCUCGAGCCGCCGGAGGGUCGGGGGGCGCAAGGCGGAGGCAUGCAGGGCCCCGAGGCGGAGCAGGGCAGCUGCGAUGCCUCGGAGGCCGGAAGCCACAGCGCAGAAUCCGCAGAGAUGCAGGAACCAGAAAAGCGAGGUUGUGGAACCAGUUUGGGAGAGGCCAGCCCAGGACCACGGCAGGGGCCUGCUCCCUCUCAGAUCCCCGAGGCCGACGCGGCGCAGGCAGGGCCGCCCGGGCCAGGAGAGCCACUGGGCACAGUGGCCUCCCGCCCUCCAAGGGGCAACGAUGACACGGAUGUCCCCAAAGAGGGGGACCCCAGCACAGGGUGCGGUUUAGAGACAGGGUUCACCAACCAAGGAGCAGCGGGGCCCCGGGAGCCCCUGGUGCAGAGCACAGGGCUGGAGGGGGGCGGCGAUGCAGGAGAGGCCGAGGGGAAGGGGUCUGGGAACGCGGAGCCCGUCGGGACAGAGGCGCAGAGCAGCCCCCCUUCCCCCGCGGCCGCACGCAGCGCGCAGGGAGUACCAGGCCCACGCACGGCAGGUAGCAGGAGCGAGCUCCUAGAUGUGAAAGACCCCGGCGAGGACAACAAUGACCCACAGGGAGAGUGUCUGGAUUCACCACAGAAGAAGACAAAGAACAAGAAGAAGAAGAAGAAUAAGAAGAAGUCGCCAGCACCUGCAGAAACCCCUAAGGAGGCUAAGGAAGAGCCGUCGUUUCAGAGCCCAGGCCUGAGUGAAGCUAAGGAGGAAGAGCAGGUGGGGCUCCCUGACGAGAGACCAGGUGAAGGAAUACAAGACGGGGUCCCCGGAAAUCCCCAGCAGAACACGCUUUCAGGAAGCGGUGAAAACCAGGACGUUCCAGAAUAUCCUAACACGCAGGCGGGUGGCGGGCCUCACCUGGGAGGCAGCGAGCCGGACACAGAGGCAAGGACAGCAGCCGCCGAUGGAGAACCAGUGCCGUCAGACGGUGACGCAGUUCAGGCCGCGGGCUCCCAAGCAGGUGCGGGAGGGCUGGAGGAAGGAGGCGGGCCAGACGGUGCCAAAGGAGGCGGUGUCGCUCCACGCAGGCCCCCGGAGGACGGAGAUGCAUCUGGCAGUGUCCCACUCGGAGACCAGAGUCCCUCCGAGGAUGUCGACGGCGCUCCCCCAGCCGAAGGUACAGAACAUGCAAGUCGGGGAGUCGGGGAGGUCCCAGAGAGCCUGAGUCCAGGAAGCGAUGGCUUGGCGCCCGCGGGAUACUCCUGUCCUGAGAGCAGAGGAGAGGCAGGGCACCCGAGUGAGAAGGACAAAAGCAAAGAAGACUGCACCUUGUCAUAGGGCGGGGCUUGCUUGGCACGCAGCGUGAAGGCAGCGUGCAGUGAGGCCGCCUGCGGCAGCCCCUGGGCCACCCUCAAAAUGGCCUCGACGGAGACAAGCCCACGAUGGCAGCCGACCGCCAUGCCAGCUAGUACGUUAAUUUAUAGACUGUUACCCGUAGCCUUCUAUUUUAUCAAGGUUAUCACCCAGGUUAGAAAGACACGUUUGUAAUCGAUGUAAACCCUCACUGGAAGCGUGCCGGUAGUACCAGCGAUGACACACACUGUGUGUGGCUCACACUCACAAUAGCGUGGCUCCCGCCCGCCUCGGGCUGACACGGCCGUGGACAUGCUUAACCGGGCGUAUCGGCAUCUAAUGGAAACGACCAAAGCGCACUCUGACAUUCCCACAUCAGGAGUAGGAUCGGCAUUUAAAUUGAUUUGUCCCAUUCCAACACAUGUACUUUCUUGAUUGCUCUUGGUAUGCACACCGUAACCUGUAUGCUAUUUUAUUUAAAAAGGGGACAGGCAGCCAAACAAUGUACAGGUCACUGAGUAAGGCAUCCUUUCAGGGAGAAUGAGCGUCUUAAAGCCCUGGGGACUGCACCUCACAUAAAGGCUUCGUCUCAGCCAGAACUUCAGACCUGCGUUUGUGGCACCGGAGUCUAUUUUGUAGAUUUUGACUUCCUGUCAUGCCAAUCAUGUACCAAAGCCGUUUUAUACAAAGAUUUUUUUAAACAUUUUUUUUUCCUGGAAGAGACGUGGGUUGAAAUUGCGUUUCCUAGAGUGUCAGGGUGGGGAGAAUCACUUCUAAAAUUUAUUUUUUUAACCUCGAAAUUACUUUUCUGUUUGUCUAAUCAUUAUUCAAAAAAGCAAUAAACUAGGGUGCUUGUCGUUACGCCAUGCAAACUGCUCAUUAAACUAUAUCAGGAUAUCUUACAUUGUUCAAUCACUUUUGGUACUUCGGUAUAAAUACUUGCAUUUUUUGUUUGUCAGUAUAGUUAUAUUGGAAAAUUCUUGUUUCGAUCUUCCUGAACAAAAUAUGUAUUUUCUAUAUAAGCACCAUUUUUAAAAAGAUAACUGUAAAAAGUUAAGUUUAAAGAAAAAUUGUUAAAUAUUAAAAGCACAAGGGAAUGAAUACCAGGAAUGGUGUUAACGCUUUAUGAGAGUCCAUGAGUUCACAUUCCUGACACAAGAUACAACUGAGCACCCAAAGGACCAACGCCUCUGCAACAUGCGAGGCGAGUGCGUUGUCAUGCAACUGAA